AUGAGCUUGCCUCGCAUACUGAAGCAGGCGCCUCGGUGCGGCCAGUGUGCUCCAGCUUCUGAACCACAUUUUACACCAUCUUCCCAAAAAUUCACGAAGUCGAUCCGAUCUCGGCAUCGUAGCUUUGCUUCACAAUCCGGCAGUAAUUCCUCACGACCGUUAUGUCUCGGCAAAGGCGCCACUCGUGGCUUGUCUGCAGCUUCUGCAGCUCUUGCUAGAAAAAAGGCCAUUGACAGAGACUUUAUUGUCUCAGUCUUGGAGGUCUCGGCAACGAAGCGUGAUGCCAAAGGCUACCUUCAGAAAUAUACGAGCAAGAAUCCGAAGUCGGUUGCUGAUGUGCCUUUGUUCGUGCAAGGUGAUCCUCAACAAGAGACGGCGUCCGAAGCUCAGAAACCUCCGCACGUUGCUAUCAUGAAGCUGCGUGUGCCCCAAGAAAUCGACGCCGAAACCCUUGCUGGAGUAGCGAACACGCUCUCCCAAUUGCGCAAGCUCGGACUCUUGAGCGUGGUUGUGAUCGACUGUGGCAUUGAUGAAUCUCGCAUGACUUUUCAAGACGAGGCUUUUCGCCUUUGCGAAGCUAUUGAUAGCUUCGGAGAUAUUGGAGCUCGCGUGGUAAAAAAUGCGCUUGUGUGUGUUGAGACCCCUAAGCAGAACGGUAUAUCGCAGGCGUCUUCACCAACAGACAUUCGAGUCGAAGACCCGGGCUUUCUGGACCACAUUUUACAUCAUAAGAUGCUGCCAGUCAUUCCUUCGGUUGUCAGCCGUGAUGUGACUCGGCCGCCUCAGCCUGUCGACUCAAAUCAAAUCGUGCUAGCUCUUACCAGAUACUUCGCAGGUUUACAGUUCAAAACCACUGCCAGUUCUGCCGAAGCAAAAUCGUCUUCCCCCGAGCCUAUUGCUCUGGUAGAAAGGAUCAUUCUUCUUGACCCGCUUGGAGCAACACCGAUGACAGGUAGACCAGGAGGUUCUCACCGAUUCAUCAACCUGGAGCAGGAAUAUGAGCCAAUUCUUAAACAGCUCAUGGGUCCAGAUGGAUCUCCUAUAGGGGACGACGAGAACCUUCGCGCCUCAAUCACCGCACACGCUGCUAAUCUGGCCCUUGCCAAAGAUGCAUUGGCAAUGCUACCGCAUACGUCGUCAGCUCUCAUUACUACGCCUAAUGCUGCGGCAAAUCUUGUCAACACUUCUUUCGAACCCGACGUAGAGGUCGAGUCAAGCUCUUCUUUCCAGAUUGGCGGUUUGGUUACCACUCGGCGUAAGAAGAACCCGCUGUUACACAACCUCCUCACAGACAAACCUGUUUUUUCAUCGUCAUUACCAAUGGCACGCGCUCCAACCAAUUCCGGCAAGGAACAGGCUGUUGGGAUAUCUGUUGGCUCAACUCUGCUUAAGAGGGGUAUGCCUCUUCGUUUGUUUCCACAUCCUCGUGAGAACCCAUGGCAUCCACCUCGGCCUGGAGGCCCUCGGCUACGUUUGACCGACUCAUGUAUCGACCUUCCUCGACUAGUUCAUUUGAUCGAAGAUUCUUUUGGCAGGAAACUAGACGUCGAGGAUUAUCUCGCGCGAGUGAACGAAAAUUUGGCAGGCGUCAUUAUUGCUGGAGAAUAUGAAGGAGGGGCCAUCUUGACCUGGGAGAAACCUGAAGGCUUAGACGACCAAACUGCAUACGAGCAAGGCCGUUACGUUCCCUAUCUGGACAAGUUUGCCGUUCUUAGAAAGAGUCAAGGCAGCGGUGGUUGUGCCGACAUUGUGUUCAACGCUAUGGUGCGGGGCUGUCUUCCUGACGGUGUAUCAUGGCGAAGCCGAAAAGACAACCCCGUGAACAAGUGGUAUUUUGAGCGAUCUAUAGGAACUAGCAAACUGUCUGGCUGCAACUGGACCAUGUUUUGGACAACACCGAACUUGGAUAUGCAAAGUCCUGUUUUGCAAGACUACGAGUCUGUAUGCAGGGGAGUCGAGCCAUCAUGGGCAGAUAAUAAACAUAUCUUGGAUUGA